AUGUAUCUUUUCAAGUUCAUUCCUGUUGUCGCCCUUUUAAAAUUUGCCGACCAUCACAUAUGCGACGACGACGCUCUAGGUGCGGCGGCGAAAGCACGUAAUAACACAGAGAGUUCGCCCACAGUUGUUCUACAAGACACCAGCAGGAUUGCUUCGUGUGGUGAUACCAAUAGUGAUAGGAAUAUGGAGGCAAAUGCAGCUUCACAUGAACAAGAAGAUCAAGAUGAAUAUGUUCUACUUGACCUGGAUGGUGUUUCUAACCUAAUUAACCUUCCACCAAAUGCCAACUAUGUUCUUACCGGCCUUGAUACAUUAAACCCAGGAUUGAUCAUUGAUGACAAAUUUAAGCUGUCUCGUGCGAAUCUGUUGAAGUUAUACAGAUUCGUGAAGAUUGGGGAAUAUGAGGAGACAAUUGGCACAUGUCUUGCUUUUACCGAACAAGGAUACUCUGACCUGACUCUGGUUGUUAAAGAGUCAAUAUACCCUGUGGUUCACGAAGAGACAGGAUCAUCUGAAGUGAACCUUUUCUCCGGAACAAGACUAAUUGAUUCAAGUCAACCUCCAACUAAACAAGUGAAACCCUUGUGUCAGCUUCACAAGUUUUACUUUGUUCAAGAAGGCACUGAUAAUGGUGAUAGUGCUAGAGACCUUGAGGGUAAUGUAGGUGAGACCAAAGGUAGUGGUGAUGGUACUGAUGAUACUGAAGGCAAUGUAGCUCCUGGGGAAGGUGCUUGA